AUGGAAAUUCAUUCAAAAGAAGCACGAAUAAUCCUGGCUAUUGAGGCUAUUGAAUUGAACAAAAGAUUAACGAUUCGAAAGGCUGCUAAUUACUAUAGUGUGCCUCGAUCUACAUUAUUCGACAGAAUUCAAGAUCGUAGUAAUAUAGCUGAAAGUCGACCAAAAAGUCAUAAUUUGAUUGAAUUAGAAGAGGAGGUGCUUAUUCAAUACAUUAUUGAUAUGGAUGAUAGAGGAUUUGCCCCUAAAUUAAAUAGUGUGGAAGAUAUGGCGAAUUAUAUGCUCGAAACACGGGGUGCGAAGAAGAUUGGAAAGCUCUGGGCUCAUUGCUUUGUAAAACGACGUUUAGAACUAAAGAUGCGUUUUAGCGUACUCAAAUGUUCAUAUAGUUGUCAAAUUGAAGGAUUUAUCAAGGCUCAUAUCAAUCAUAUCUCUAAGGUUGAAUUCUUUAUAGUUUUCAAAGCUGCAUAUCAACAAUCGAUUACUAUUCAGAAUAUGAAAGCUGGUUUUCGAGGGGCAGCUCGUCAUCAAUCAAGCUCUCCUACACCUAUAUUUGAGACUGUGCAAGCUUUAGCUAAAGGUACAGAGAGACUGGUAUAUGAAGUUAUACUUUUGAGUGCUGAGAAUCGUAUAUUUCAAAGAGCAAAUGAGGCAUUAACUGAAGAUAUAUUAUCACAACAAGAGGUUGAUAAUCAGAUUCAAUGCAACGAACGUCAAAAUGGGGGAAACCCCAAUGGGGAAUCAUCUACUAAUCGAUGCUGUAUUUCAAUCGAUUCAUCCAAUUGUUAUUGA